AAAGAAGCAGAGGUUGAGGCCGAGCCACUUGGCGACACACUGGGCAAUGUGGAGGCUGAGGCAGUCAUUGACACACAAGCUGACAAGCUAGCAGAGGUAAAUACCAAGGCACUGGUCGACACACUCGACGAUUUGGAGGCCGAUUCCCUGGUCGACACACUGCCUGACCCGCUAGCAGAGGUGGAGGCCGAGAUGCUUGGCGACACACUGGGCGAUGUGGAGGCCGAGGCACUAAUCGAUACACUGGCUGACACGCUAGUAGAGGCGGAGGCCAAGAAACUUGACGACACACUGAGUGAUGUGGAGGUUGAGGAACUGGUCCACACACUGUUUGACACGCUAGCAGAGGUAAAUGCCAAAGCACUGGUCGACACACUGGACGAUUUAGAGGCCGACGGACUGGUCGACACACUGACUGACACGCUAGCAGAGGUGAAGGCCAAGACACUAGGCGAUGUCGAGACCAAUGCACUAACCGAAACACUAGCUGACACGCUAGCGGAAGUUAAGGCCGAAAAACUUGGAGACACACCGUGCGAAGUGGACACCGAUGCACUAAACGACACACUGGCUGACAAGCUAGCGGAAAUGAAGGCCGAGACACUUGCCGACACACUGAGUGACGUGGAGGACGGGUCCCUAUAAGACACACUGGCUGACAAGCUAGCUGUGGUGGAGGCCGAAACACUGGUCGACACGCUGGCUGACACGCUGGCAGAGGUGUAGGCCGAGACACUUGGUGACACUCUGGGCGACGUGGAGGCCGAGGCACUGGUGGACACGCUGUAUGACACGAUAGCAGAGGUGAAGGAAGAGACACCUGCCGACACACUGAGUGAUGCGGAGGACGGGCCCCCAUAAGACAAACUGGGUGAGAAGCCAGCAGUGGUUGAAGCAGCAACACUGGUCGACACCCUGGCUGACACGCUAGCAGAGGUGGAGGCCGAGACACUUGGCGACACUCUGGGCGACGUGGAGACCGAAGCACUGGUCCACACGCUGUCUGACACGUUAGCAGAGGUGGAGCCCGAGACACUUGCCGACACACUGAGUGAUGUGGAGAACGGGCCCCUAUAAGACACACUCCCUGACAAGCUAGCUGUGGUAGAGGCCGAGGCACUGGUCGACACGCUAAAAAAGGUCAAGGCCGAGACAAUUGCCGACACACUGAGUGAUGUGGAGGACGGGCCCCUAUAAGACACACUGGCUGACAAGCUAGCUGUGGUGGAGGCCGAAACACUGGUCGACACGCUAGCUGACACGCUAGCAGAGUUGGUGGACAAGACACUUGGCGACACACUGGGCGACGUGGAGGCCGAAGCACUGGUUGACACGAUGGCUGAAACGCUAGCAGAGGUGAAAACACUUGCCGACACACUGAGUAAUGUAGAGGACGGGUCCCUAUAAGACACACUGGCUGACAAACUAGCUGUGGUUGAGGCCGAAACACUGGUCGACACGCUGACUGACAGGCUCGCAGAGGUGGAGGGCGAGACACUUGGCGACGCACCGGACGACGUAAAGGCCGAGGCACUGGUUGAGACGCUGCCUGAAACGGUAGCAGAGGUAGAGGCAGAGACACUUGACGACACACUGGCCGACGUGGAGGCCGAGAGACUGGUCGACACGCUGGCUAACACGCUAGCAGAGGUGGAGGCCGAGACAAUUAGCGACACACUGGGCGACGUGGAGGCCGAGGCACUGGUCAACACGCUGGCUGACACGGUAGCACAGGUAGAGGCAGAGACACUUGACGACACACUGGCCGACGUGAAGGCCGAGGGACUGGUCGACAAGCUGGCUGACACGCUGGCUAACACGCUAGCAGACGUUGAGGCUGACACAGUGGUCAGUACACUGGACGAUGUGGAGGAGAAGGCACUGUUUGACACACUGGUUGACACGCUAGCAGAGGUUGACACACCUGCGGAGGUUUAA